UUUCCUCGAGACAUAUUGUGCUCCAUUGCACUCUUGGAUUGUCGUGAAUGGUGGCCAUGAAUUUUCUAUUUGCGAUUGCCACCACCCUACAUUUCACCUCUAUCGCUUCAAAGAAACUCGACAUAUCCUCAGAAGAAAGCAUAGAAAACAUUCUUUUCUACAAAGACUACAGGCCCAAAAAGAAAGAGCUAGCACCAUUGCCACCCGAGAGGCUGGUGUUGCCAACACAAAUAAAACAGCCAGAGUGCAUACCCCGAAUGUGCUGUUCCAUGUCUUGUUCGAACUCCUGCGGACAAAAUGAAAUAGGGUCUGAUAGCCUUCAGCGAAAUCAACCUAUGAAUUUUAGGAAUCCUAGUAACUCAAAUCCUUUUAGUUCCAUGAAUUCGAUGAAUCCUAUGAAUUCUAUGAAUUCUAUGAAUCCUAUGAAUUCUAUGAAUCCUUAUAAUUCAAUGGGCCCAAUGAAUUCAAUGAACCCAAUGCAAACUAAUCCACCAAUGCAACAGCAGAAGCCAAUACCACAACUUAUGAAGCACCCGAAGAAAAAGAAGCAACCACCGCCGCUACCAUUCCAAACAAGAAGGGACAUUGGCAACGCCAGAGAACAUAUCAAGAGCCUCAUAUCCCAGGAUGAGGAUAUUAAGAAGAUCCUGAAGGAUUUGGUGAGGGUGACGAUGAAGAAGGUGGACUUGCUCGAGUUGAUCAAAGCGAGGAGAGCUGCGGAGAGCGGGAAUGAUGGUUUAAAUAACGGUGAUGAUGAUGAGAAAGAACUGUGAUUG